UUGAGUAAUGAGACAGUAUGUCAUUUUGACAGCUGCCAACUCCUGACUCACAACAAUUAUAAGCCAACCUUUGCUGCGGAGGUGUUCUUGGUGGCCCGGUGGCCUGGUGGCUAAAGCUCCCGCUUCACACACGGAGGGCCCGGGUUCGAUUCCCGGGGGGUGGAAACAUUUCGACACGUUUCCUUACACCUGUUGUCCUGUUCACCUAGCAGCAAAUAGGUACCUGGGUGUUAGUCGACUGGUGUGGGUCGCAUCCUGGGGGACAAGAUUAAGGACCCCAAUGGAAAUAAGUUAGACAGUCCUCGAUGACGCACUGACUUUCUUGGGUUAUCCUGGGUGGCUAACCCUCCGGGGUUAAAAAUCCGAACGAACUCUUAUCUUAUCUUAUCUUAAAUUCACUCAUCAACACUAGUUGCAGGCAAUUUCUUUACCAAAUCACCAUGCACUCCGACACACGCACUCCACUUUCGUACUUUGCAAUUAUCUCUUUCUUCAUUUCAAUAGUUAUUAGCACCUUUUUUCUCAAAGGGUUGGCACUAGAAGCUUUCUUGGGGCCCAUGGUUACUUAUUUUGCAGACACAAGCACCAAAAACAGUGAUAAUAUGGAUAAUAUGGAAUGUACCGAAUGUAUCCUUAGAUGUGCGCACACUGGCUGGCUUGUAAACACUAGCAUACACGGGGCAGUUCAGGCCACACGUAGACACGUCUCGUAUGAAUCGUAUCAAAUGUUGGGUUUUCCAUCGAAUGUCGAGGCAAAAUUUUUGCGUUAAAAUGCAUCGAAUGUCGGAUUUAUCAAAUGUCGAUGCCAUCAAAUGUCGGGGGUCCACUGUAAUUGCCAAAUCUUAAAUCUGCCAAGCAAUCAUGGCACCUAGUAGGCAUACAAGUGUUGCUGAAAGUUUCAAGAAAAGGUUUGAGCAUUUAAUUCUUAGAAUUAAUGAAGACAAUAGAGAUAUUAGACAAGAGAUAGCCUCUAGCCGGAAUGAAGCGUCAUUUUAUACACAAAAAGAAUGAGGUAAAUAUGAGUUUGUGUGAUGACUGACUGACUUACUGACUGACUUGACUGACUGACUGACUUGACUGACUGAAUGACUUGACUAACUGAAUGACUUGACUGACUUACUGAAUGUCUUGACAGACUGAAUGACUUGACUGAUUGAAUGACUUGACUAACUUACUGACUGAAUGACUUGAUUGAUUGAAUGACUAGACUGACUUGACUAAAUAACAUACUGAUUUGACUGACUGAAAGACUUGGCUAACUGAAUGACUUGACUUACUGAAUGAUUUGACUGACUUACUGAUGUGACUGAAUGACUUACUAACUAACUUGACUGACUUACUGACUGACUUGACUGACUGAAUGACUUAGAGUUAGACUUUUUCACUGAAGAGGAUCCUGAAAUAGUGUCUAGAGCAGCUGAUGCCUUACCAUCAGAUGUAUAAUGUACUGUAGAGUAAAAUAGAACAGAAAUCCCUUACAGAAUUUAUGCACACUCUAGUACAGUGGACCCACGGCUUACGAUAUUAUUUCUUUCCAGAAGUAUGUUCAGGUGCCAUUGCUGAACGAAUUUGUACCCAUAAGGAAUAUUGUGAAUUAGAUUAGUCCAUUUCAGACCCCCAAACAUACACGUACAAAUGCACUUACAUAAAUACACUUACAUAAUUGGUCGCAUUGGGAGCUGAUCGUAAAGCGGGAGUCCACUGUACAUCCAUCGACUUUUGUACCAGUACCUCUACCAUCCACUUUAGCCAAGCAGGACCACAGCAUAUCUCUCCGCUCUCUUCAUAAUCAUCCACAAACACCAGCACCCACAAUUUAAGGUCAAGGGUGAAACUUCUUCCUGACAAACAAGAAAGAGAGUAGUUUUGGCAGUCAGCAGGCUGAAGGCUACUUCAAAUGUGGUUUUGCUGUAGUUUCCUCAGGAAUAGCUCAUCAUUACAGUGUAAGAAGUGCCAACAGCCGAAGUCAUAAGUGUAUACAGAAGAAGAACCCUGUAACUCUUAAUUAAAAGAGCUUUCCCAAGAUAAACAUGUAUAUCUUAACAAAUAAUACAUAAAUAGAAAAAAGAAAAUGCUUGUGUUAGUUAAUGCAGGUGUGCUAAUAUUAAGGAGAUGAACCAUAUUGAUGUUCAGAAUGCUUAAAUGACUUCACAUAAAUCUGUCAAGAUAUAGCAGAAUUACUUCAAAACAAAAAACAUAUACCAUUUAUAGUACAUAUGUAAAAUAUAUUGUACAUGAAUGCACCUGAGCAGCAAAUAUGGCUGAUCAUAAAAGAGCAGAACAUACGAGUGUUCAUACAGAAGGAAAGCCAUAUCAGUGUUUAGUGUGUUCAAAAAACUUUGCUCGAAAAUCACAUCUUGUUGUUCACAUGCGAGUUCAUACUGGAGAGAAGCCAUAUCGGUGUACACGAUGUCUAAAAACUUUUUCACAUAAAUCACAUCUCACAGCUCAUAAGACAAUUCAUACAGGAGAGAAACCAUAUUGUUGUACAGUGUGUAAAAAGGGCUUUUCAAUAAAAGCAAAUUUGGCAACACACAUGACAGUUCAUACUGGAGAGAAAUUAUAUCGAUGUCCAGUGUGUCUGAAAGACUUCUCGUACAAAUCAUAUCGAGCCAUUCACAUGAGGUAUCAUACAGGAGAGAAACCAUUUCAAUGUUCUGAAUGUCUGGCAGACUUUUCACGAAAAUCGCAUCUAGAAACACAUAAGAAAGUUCAUUCAGGGGAGAGACCUUAUCAGUGUUCUGUGUGUUUAAAAGAUUUUUUAUUAAAAUCACAUCUAGUAAGUCAUGGAACGGUUCAUUCAGGGGAAAAACCAUAUCAGUGCUCUGAGUGUUUAAAAAGCUUUUCACGAAAGCCAGAUCUAGUGAAACAUGGAAAAAUUCAUACAGGAGAGAAACCAUACCAGUGCGCAGAAUGCUUAAAAAACUUUUCACGGAAAUCUGAUCUAGAUAUCCAUGCAAGGGUUCAUUCAGGAGAGAAACCAUAUCAGUGUGCAGAGUGCUUAAAACCCUUCUCCCAGAAGUCACAUUUAGCAAAACAUGUAAUAGUUCAUACAGGAGAAAAACCAUACAAGUGUGCUGAGUGUCCAAAAGCCUUUUCAUAUAAAUCUUCUUUAGCAAAACAUAGGAAAGUUCAUCCAGUAGAUAAUAUUGACUAUAAGAAUAUUUAAAAAGUUUUUAACUAGUUUGAAUCAAAUAACACAUACAUUUAGUGUUAGUAUAACAACAUUGUGGUUUAAAGCUUUAGAUUAAUAUUAAUUUACUCUAGAAUUACACUUGAGGAUUCUUAAGGGAUAAAAUUUUUGAUGUUCCAGUUGUUAAAUAAGAUCACAUGUGGCCACUGUUUUAUAUAAGCCAUUUCUUUGAAAGAUAAACACUAUCUCAUAAAACUUGAUAAUAUCCAUGAUGAACCAAAUGUCUUGUUUUGAAUUCAGUUUUAUUUUUUUAUUUUUUUUAGGCUAGUUAUGACUUUCUUCAGUUACAGUAUUGUGACUUGCAUUCUUCAGAUUAUACAGUGGUACCUUGGAAUACGAACAGCUCAAAACUCAAACAAUUAUGUAAGUGCUUUUGUAAGUGUAUUUUCGGGAGUCUGAAACGGAUUAAUCUAAUUUACAUUAUUCCUUAUGGGAACAAAUUCGUUCAGUAUCGGCACUCGAACAGCCUUCUGGAACGAAUUAAGUUCGUAUCCCGAGGUACCACUGUUUAAGUUUAUUGAACACAAAAUUCUUUUAAGGUGAAAAAGAAUUAUAAAUAUAAGUUUUGAAGAAACAUUAAUGUAACUCAAAAUAACCUACUAGUUCACAGGUUUACAAAAUGUAAUGCUGGAAAUUUGGAGAGAUUGGGACAGUAGCAAAUUGGUUAAGUGGCAGAAUAAAUUGCAGAAAAAAAAGAGGAUCUGGAAGAAUUGCUAGAAUAAGUGGACAGAAGAUUAUAAAACCAUAGUGCAUGUAUUUACACAUGCUUUCCCUGUGAUUGGUUUCCUACCCUCACAGCCCAACCUGAGGCUAGGCCUCCUUGUUAAGAUACUCCAGAUAACCCAGGAAAGUCAGUGUGUCAUUGAGGAUUGUCUGUCUUAUUUCCAUUGGGAAAUAAGACAGACAAAUCUUUUCCCUCAGGCUGUGACCCACAUUGGUCGACUAACACCCAGGUACUUACUUCCUUGCUAGGUGAACGGGGACAACAGGUGUAAGGAAACACGCCCAGUGAUUCUACCCUUGCUGGGGUUUGAACCACCAACACUCAGUGUGUGAAGCGAGAACAUUGCCUACCAGGCCACAGGACACCAACUUAUCAUUCAGGCUAUUUGUUCUAGUAACCUCCAAGCCAUCACAAUCUGGCAGAUCUGACACAUGUAGAAGGAAUUUGUUCAGCUUCUUGGAAACUUUAUUUUCAUUGCAGCAGUAUUUCUAAUAUCUGUUUUUAAUGUGAUGAACAUUCUUCACCUAUGCAUGUUGACACAAUGUUCUUGAAUUGGACCCACCCACCUUCCCUAGUCUUUACUGUAUUUAUUUCACUAUUUAUUCCAUGUCUUUCACUGCAGUAAGUUGUAACAGCAGUGUUAAGGUUAAGGAACAUUUCCUCUAGUACCAUCCAUAUGGAGUUAAAGAUUUAUUUGUAAACAGGGAAUUUUGUUGAAGGCAGCAGGUCAUUUAUUAAGAGGCCAGGGGCACUAAUGACAGGGUAACAGAUGGGGACAUUAAUGACAGGGUCACAUAUGGUGCACUAAUGACAGGGUCACAUAUAGGGCACUAAGAACAGGGUCACAAAUGGGGCACUAAUGAAAGGGUCACAUAUGGGGCACUAAUGACAGGGUCACAUAUAGGGCACUAAUGACAGGGCCACAUGAGGGGCACUUAUGACUGGAUCACUGAUGACAAGAGCACUUAUUAUUAGGCAUUUAUGAUGUAGGCACAUGAAAGGUGCACUUAUGAUGGGGCAUUUAUGAAGCGAGCACUAAUGAUAUAGGCACACAAAAAUGCACUUAUGAUGGAGACAC